UAUAUCCUUCUGCCGCGUAUCCCACCAUUUUUAUAUCCCCUUCGCACACUUCCAAGCAGCGCCUCCCCCACUUGCAAAGCCCACCACCCAAACCCUAGCACGCUCGCCCGCCGCCGCCCAUGGCGCGCCUCCACCUCGUGGCCGUGGCCAUGUCCGUGCUGUUCGCCGCCGCCGCGGCGCAGGCCCCGGGCGCCUCCCCGACGCCCGCGCCCCGGGCCCAGCCCCCGGCGACCCCGCCGCCGCCGCCUCCUCCGGCGCCAGCCCCAGUGCCUCCCCCUGCUCAGCCUCCGGCGACUCCACCUCCGGCAUCCGCCCCCGCGCCCGCCCCGAAGGCCCCCGCUCCGGUGCCCAAGGCUGCGGCCCCGGCCCCGGAGACCCCCCUCUCGCCACCGGCGCCGGCCCCGGGUUCGAUCGCCAACACGCCGACCGAGGCCCCGACCUCCCCUCCGCCGCCCAGCGCCGCGUACAGCGUCGCCCCCGCCGCCUCGUGGGCCGCCGCCGCCGCCGUGGCUGCUGCCGCCGUCUUCUACUGAGGUCUGCGCUGAUAUGAUAUGGCCUCCGCUACUUCUAUUUAUCCAUCCCGCUUUUGGGUUUGCUCAUUCCAUUCGGUUUUAGUCUAGGGCUCGUCAGAUCUGAUCUAGCGUUUGUGCGUGUGAGAUAGAGAUUGUUGAGACAGUUGCUGUGGCUUGCCAUUGUAUAAUGCCCCCGUUUCUUAUGUAGCGCAUUCUUUCUACAUCACUGCUGCUAGUAUUACUAUCAUGAUCUUUAGCUUCUUUCGUUG